AUUAGAAAUUUGGAAUCUUCUUUUGCUAUUUGCAUUAUGCCUUUGUCCAUUUCAUUCACAUGAACCUGAGUCCCGAGAGAAUCAUUCAGAUUCACAUCAUCUUCUGCCAUUCCGUUCUGUUUCCGUCCGUCUCCACGGCCUCGAAAACGAACGGCACAUCUUCCCCACCGCAAAAGGCACCGGCCCCCUGAUACGCGGGGCCGUCCUGUCAGUGACCCAGUAUCAGCGCGGACCUCGGGCUCCGGGGAAAGAAAACGUGGAGUAGCAACCAAACCAAGGAAACAAAAAGAAAGCCGGCCGGCGAGCAAGCGGUUGCCACCUGCGUGUGCGCCUACCAUUUGCGGGUGCUGCCCAUCCGGUCCAGGUGCAUGCACCUUUCCCUCCUCUAUAACCGCGCCUCCCCGACUCCCCCAGCGAGGCGUUAGCGGCAGCGGCAGCGGCACGCUCUCCGACUUCUAGAGCCUUCUUGCACAUACGGGGAGCCGAUCGAGUUGACCCCACUUCGGCCACCGGAUCGCGCAGCACGCCGAUCCAGCUUCUCCGGUUGAUAAGUCGUGAGAUUGAAGCUAGUCACAUUUUAGUUUCUUCAAGUACAAGGAACAUUAGUGUCACCAAAAGUAUUUGCCUCAAUGGAGCUUGGAGCUGAUUUUGAUGAUGAAGAUGUCAGUUCAGAUAAUGGACUGCAUGAGUUGUGGCCAAUUGGCGAGAUAGAUCCAAAGAAAGCAAGGUUCCCUUGUUGCAUUGUCUGGACUCCUCUUCCUGUAGUUUCAUGGCUUGCUCCUUACAUAGGGCAUGUUGGAAUCUGUUGGGAGGAUGGGGCUGUCUUGGAUUUUGCCGGUUCAAAUUUGGUGAGCGUGGAUAAUUUUGCUUAUGGUGCUGUUGCAAGAUACCUCCAGCUUGACAGAAAGAAGUGCUGCUUUCCUGUUAAUCUUGCGGCACAUGUGUGUAAGCGAUCCUACAAUCAUGCUGGAGUUGGAACAGCAAUCUCAUGGGAUGAUGCUUUGCAGUCGGGCAUGAGUCAUUUCCAGCAUAAGUACUACAAUCUGUUCACCUGCAACUGCUACUCGUUUGUGGCAAACUGCCUGAACCGUCUCUCCUACAAUGGCUCUGUUGAGUGGAAUGUUCUGAAUGUGGCAGCCCUUGUAUGGUUUCAUGGCCAAUGGGUGGACAAAAUGUCUGUUGUUCGGUCAUUCUUUCCUUUCCUAAUUGUGACAUGCAUCGGUAUUUUGAUGGCUGGCUGGUCUUUCCUAAUAGGGAUGGCAGCAUUCUCGUCUCUAUUGAUUGGAUGGUAUGUUCUUACGGUAUACUGUGUUAAGAGUUUGGUAUGUUGAUUGAUUUAUAUAACACUUGUGACCGAGCUCCGUGAGAAAUUCUGGAAAGGAAUUACUGAAACCACUCGUUAUCAUC